AAGAGGAGCGUUUUCCCGGUUCUUGCAUGUCGCUAACCAAGGCUAGGGGGCCCAGGACUUGCACUCUCCGGCUUUUUAAAGACAUUGGUAUCAACCUGACAGAUCCUAUGUUCAGAGGAAUUUAUAGGGGGGUUCAAAAGCAUCAAGAUGACUUACAGGAUGUAAUAGGGAGAGCUGUCCAGAUUGGUGUUAAAAAGUUUAUGAUUACAGGUGGAAAUCUACAAGACAGUAAAGAUGCACUGCAUUUGGCACAAACAAAUGAUAUGUUUUUCAGUACAGUUGGAUGUCAUCCUACAAGAUGUGGUGAAUUUGAAAAGAGUAACCCUGAUCUUUACUUAAUGGAGUUGCUAAAUCUUGCUGAAAACAAUAAAGGGAAAGUUGUGGCAAUAGGAGAAUGUGGACUUGAUUUUGACCGACUACAGUUUUGUCCCAAAGAUACUCAGCUCAAAUACUUUGAAAAACAGUUUGAAUUGUCAGAACAAACGAAAUUACCAAUGUUUCUUCAUUGUCGAAAUUCACACGCUGAAUUUUUGGACAUAAUGAAAAGAAAUAGAGAUCGGUGUGUAGGGGGAGUGGUGCAUUCAUUUGAUGGUAGCAAGGAAGCAGCAGCUGCUUUGAUUGACUUGGAUCUUUAUAUAGGGUUUAAUGGUUGCUCCCUGAAAACUGAGAAUAAUUUGGAAGUUUUGAAGUCAAUACCUAGUGAAAAAUUAAUGAUUGAGACAGAUGCACCUUGGUGUGGAGUCAAAAGUACACAUGCUGGAUCAAAAUAUAUAAAAACUUCAUUUCCUACCAAAAAGAAGUGGGAAAAUGGGCACUGUUUAAAAGAUAGAAAUGAGCCCUGCCAUAUAAUCCAAAUACUGGAGAUAAUGUCAGCAGUAAGAGAUGAGGAUCCACUGGAAUUAGCCAAUACACUAUAUAACAACACUAUUAAAGUAUUUUUUCCUGGUAUGUAAUCAGGAUGUGUCUUCCAUUUUCCAUCAUGUAUGUAAAAUUUCAUGGUAAAACUUACUGAUAGCUUCAAUAAAGAAAUUCUCUG